CCCGUAGCCAUUUUGGCUCAAGUCAAGCGGGACCGUCGGCCGCAGUGGCACUCGCAGCCACAACUAUUCGUGGCGCGACGGCCGCCGCGCCGGCCCCCUUCGAGGUGUGGGGAUGCAGAUGCCGCCUGGCAUGGCAGCGCCCACAAGGUAUUCACACCUUGCCCCUUCGCCCCUGAUGGACAACGAUACGCCGCCAGUGCAGGCUCGCGCGGUGGCUCACCGGCAUUUCGACGGCCGCGCUCUUGGGCCUGGCCGUGGCAGUAGCAGUGCACGCUGGUCACGCUCGAGUCGGUAACGCGUCGGGGCUCACGUCACUUCGCACAAACCUCAGUGUUGUGCUGUACGUCACGACGCAUGCAUCUGAUCAGCACAUGAGUUUCUUAGAGUGUCUGCCGCCGGUGCUUGCGGCUUCUCCGAGACUUUCGAAGGCGGACGUUAUCCUGUGCGUCGGACGUGAGAAUAUCACCGACGACAUGAGACGCAACAUCACCGUGCUACUGGAUAAGUGGCCCAUGAGAAAUAAGAUCGUCCACUUCGGCGGCAAUCCAGGGAAACAGGCGGGAGCAAAGCUUGCGGCCCACGUGGGAUUUUCCAGCGGAUGGUUUCGAGGGUACGAUUGGGUUAUCCGGGUCAACCCUGACACUGUGAUCUACGACGAUAAGCUGGUCUGGCCGCUCAUGGAGAGGGCAGAUAACUGGGGCGUCUUCGUCUCUUGCAAGGAGCACUGCAAGGACCAUUUUGGCUGCGCCCCAGCGAGGACGCACACGGACUUUCUUGCCGUCCGGCCGUCCCGCGUGCCACGGGACGCCUUUGCCGACUGGCAGGCGUCUUCGCUGCACGCAGAGCUGCAGGCGACCGUGGCGUUCAGAGACAUCUACGCGGCAAAGGCCGACGUGUACCUCCCGUGGUACACGGCGCACGGGGGCUGGCGCGUGGAAUGCGGCGGCGUGUGGCACAGCACCCUCGCCUGCCCCGAUCUGCUGGCGCCGCGUUCCCCGUGGCAGCGCUAGUCUGCGAGGCCUCCUCGGCAUUCCAUUCGGGGCCCUUUGGUUUCGUCCUCCAGCGCCCCUUUUUUCCCCUCUCGUGUAUUUUUCCUUCCUGCGGCUGGUACUUCCCAUUUGCAUCCUUCGCUGGCACAUGUUCAGCGUUGUUAAUUUUCUGCUGCUGGCACAUGCUCAGCUGCUUCUCUCGGCCGGCACUUGUGCUGCGCCGUUAAUUAUCUGCCUUCCCGCGCGUUGUGUCCCAGCCUCGUUCACACCACCCUCUGGACGUUUCCUUGCGGGCCGCGAAUCCAAAACAUAGUUUUCCUUCCUCGUGCUCCUCCAUGCAGGGCCGCGCCCAGGCGCCACAGUGCCAAGCAGCAGCACGUUGCCGAGGCAGGCCCGUGCCAAGCAGCAGGUAGUUUCAUGUUUGGCGUUCGAUUGUUCCGCAAGGGAAUUGCUCGGAGCCUCAGUACGUGCGCCGUUCGCGCCAAUGCGCGUCAGGCUGCAAUGCUGGCUUGCAGGUGACGUCCGCCUGCAGUCAGCCCAGUGAAUUCGAUGCAGGUGAGCUCCGCUUGCGAACAGCUCCGCAUGUUGUACUCAGGAGCGGGUCGCUCCUGAUCCUCUCUCAUUCGUCCUCCUCCCCCAAGUGUCCCUUGCCUCUUGUUUUGGUUCUCGACAGCGGAGAUCAUUCAGGACGUCAGUUUGCUUGCCUUCGUCCCUGGUUGUGUUUAGCUGGCAGACAUGGCUGCUGACUUCAGCGGGCCGUUCGGUAUGCUGCUCGCGCACGGGCGCGUCAGCUUGCUGGGCCGUCCUGCAGGUGUUGUACAGAUUUAUUCGUCACCCCAUGCUGCGUGACA